GAUAAUUUUGUUGAUAUGUCUGCCGCUGCGUUUUAAUGAUUAAUUCUGCGGAUUUUGGUGUUUCAGACAGACUGUCCUCCCGUGGUCCGUCCUGAUGGAAAACCCCAGAGACCUGGUGGAGCGUCCGUCCAGGAAGCGCAGGGACUCCUUUGGGAUGUUGGACGGUUUGGAGGAGGACCGGAGCAGCUGCAGCACCGAGUCCAGCGGGGGCAGCGGAGCCUCCAGCCCCGAGGACAGUGAGGACGAAGAGUUAGGAGGAGGAGGAGGAGGAGGAGGGGUAACUCAACUCACACCCACCUCCUCCUCCUCCUCCCUGACACUCAUCAAGACCAAUGGACAGGUGUACACCUAUCCUGAUGGGAAGGCAGGCAUGGCGACAUGCGAGAUGUGUGGCAUGGUGGGAGUCAGAGACGCUUUCUACAGCAAAACCAAACGUUUCUGCAGCGUCUCCUGCUCCAGGAGUUACUCAUCCAACUCCAAGAAGGCCAGCAUCCUCGCCAGACUGCAGGGGAAGCCUCCCACUAAAAAGGCCAAGGUUCUUCAGAAACAGCCUCUGAUGACCAAACUAGCUGCCUACGCUCAGCAUCAAGCCAGCCAGCAGAGCGGAGUGAAAAAGAGCGUUCCUGUGGAGGUGUUUGACUGGGGUCGUUAUCUCGGAGAUGGAGAUGUGAUGGGAGCUCCGGUCAGCUGCUUCAAACAUGUCCCGAUGGGGAAGCUGUGGGGCGACAUCAGUGAAGGCGUUCGGGUCGAGGUCCCAAACACGGACAGUGGUCUGCCCAUGAAGGUUUACUGGAUCGCUGGUGUCAUUAAACUGGCUGGUUUUAAAGCUCUGCUGCGGUACGAAGGUUUCGACGGCGACUCCACCAGAGAUUUCUGGUUGAACCUGUGUGUGCCGGACAUCCACCCAGUCGGCUGGUGUGCUGCUGGAGGAAAACCUCUGGUUCCCCCUCAGACCAUCCUGCACAGGUUCACCAACUGGAAAACCUUCCUGAUAAAACGACUCACGGGAUCCAAGACGUUGCCGCCGGACUUCACCUCCAAGGUGCAGGAGAGUAUGCAGUUUCCCUUUAAGAAGCAAAUGAGGGUGGAGGUGGUGGAUAAGACUCACCUGUGUCGGACUCGGGUGGCUCUGGUGGAACAGGUGAUCGGCGGCCGUCUCCGUCUGGUGUACGAGGAGUGUGAUGACGGGACAGAUGACUUCUGGUGUCACAUGUACAGUCCUCUGAUCCACAGCAUCGGCUGGUCCCGAUCCAUCGGACACCGCUUCAAGCGAUCGGAUGUGUCGAAGAAGCUGGAUGCUCAGGUGGACGCUCCUGGACAGCUGUUUGCCAAGGUGAAGGAGGUGGAUCAGAGCGGUCCAUGGUUUGAGGACGGGAUGAAGCUGGAGGCCAUCGACCCUCUGAAUCUGUCUGCCAUCUGCGUGGCCACGGUCAGGAAGGUCCUGGCUGACGGGUACCUGAUGAUCGGUAUCGAUGGUUCGGAGGCGGCUGACGGUUCAGACUGGUUCUGUUAUCACUCCACCUCACCCUCCAUCUUCCCCGCCGGCUUCUGUGAGAUCAACAGCAUUGAGCUGACCCCCCCCAGAGGUUACACCAACCUCCCCUUCAGGUGGUUUGAGUAUCUGAAGGAAAGCAAGUCUGUGGCUGCUCCAGUCAACCUAUUCAACAAGGACGUCCCCAACCACGGUUUCCGUCCCGGGAUGAAGCUAGAGGCCGUGGACCUCAUGGAGCCGCGGCUGGUGUGUGUUGCCACGGUGACCCGCAUUGUCCACCGGUUGCUACGGAUACACUUUGACGGCUGGGAGGACGAGUACGACCAGUGGGUGGACUGUGAGUCCCCUGACCUGUACCCGGUCGGGUGGUGUCAGCUGACUGGAUACCAGCUGCAACCUCCCGCUGUUAACGCAGGUUCCAGAGAACUACAAUCAGCAGCGUCCAAACAGAGGAAGAAAUCCCAGCACUACAAGGGACAAAAGAAAAAGAGGAAGUUGCCCAUCGCUAAGCGACCUGUCAGUCUCUCCAGUGCUGUGGUAACAGGCGUCCCCAGGAACCUAUCAGGAGACGAGAAUGAGACUCCGCCAGAUUACCCAUCACCCCCUACUCCUGCCUCAGCAGCGCAGCCCCUCUCAGCAGACCCAGAGAGCAGCCCUAAUACUGAGGGGGGUGCAGGUUCACAGGUUAAAGAGGAGAAUGCUGAAGGGACAGAGUUAUGUUCUGAAAGGACUGAAUCAGAAACCAACGGAUCCUCUGGAGAUUUCUUCACCAACCAGAACCAGUAGUAGGCCUCAUCCAUCCCUCUUUGCCUUUAACACUCCAACCAUCCAUCCCUCACUUUUCUAGAACUGCCUCAUGAAAGAAUCUACUGUGAUUACAUCAGAUUUUUAUUUUUUGGACAUGCUUUAAUCAUAUGAAUUUUUAAUGACCACUGCAGCGAUACCACGUCUCUUCGGUCAAAAACCCAUUUUUAGCCCGUGUGAACACAUUAGUGUCCAGUCCUGCCGACCGUUCUCCGUCUGUCCAUCCACAGUUUUUACUCCUCAGUGUUUCCCUCUUUCUCUUUGUGCCUGGUCAGAUUCAUUCGCACACGUUUGUGAAAUCCUAAGCCGUGCUGGCUGCUUGGAGAUGUAGUCAGAGCAGUAGUUAUUAUUAGUUCAUCUUUGGUGGAUGAUAUUUGUAUUUUUUAGACUAGCUAUAUUUAAACUGACUUCUUCAAGGUUAGCAAAAAGUAAAAGAUUUAGAAGUUCCCCACAAGGAUUUAAUUUCUAAUAACUAAAUCGAAAUGGGUAACACUUACGCCCAUUCAACAUUUUAUUUUAUUUAUUUAUUUAUUUUAGCUUAAAUUUCAUCAUCGUCAUUGGUGGUGUGACCGAGCCAUCAUCAUUUUCCAAACACCCUCUUGUCAUCUCCCUUUUUUUUUUUGGCAAAACACUUUUCCUUACAUUGAUUUCAUUGCCACGUGGGAAAAUGGCCCUACUUCUGUCUGAAGUAUCACUUCACCCCCUCAGACUCUUCUGACUGAGCAAACUGGACAAAGAAGACCAGAAUACAGAAACGAGUGAAGAAGAAAAAGAAUGUAAAGAAAGACAGGCGCAGUAGCUGUCUUGGUUCCUCUGAGAAAAAAAGGAUCAACAGAAGAAAAAAAAGGUAAAACUUUUGUAUAAUGAUUUUUCAUUUUUGCCAAGAUCUUUGUUCUUUGUACGUGUUUGUGUGGUGUGUUUGAGGCUCAAAAUUCAAUGUGAUAAUAUUAAUACUGAAUGCUGUGUAAUGUCAUGUUGAGAUUAGCAGUCAUUUAAAACCAGUGUAUGUGUUUGUUAAUGUGUGUGUGAAUGCUGUGGUUUGGAUUCUGGACUGAUGAAUUGUCCAGAUGCCACAAAACAAGAAACCAGCCAACAAGGGCUUGUGGCAAUUACUGUUCCUGUUUUUUGAAUCUGAAUGUUUUUGAAUCUGCUGUGUUACAGAAUCAUGUUCAGCAGGAUUCUCCUGCUAUUAGAACUAAAAUUCAAAUAAUAUAAUCAUUAGAUGGAGUAUAUUGUUAGUGUGUGCUCAGCAUCAGUCAGGCUGAAAGUUUAGCUGAAGGUGUUUCCUCCUACAUUAUUUUUUCCAAAAAUCACAGUAAUUAUAGCAUAUGGCUAUAGUAAAUGCAAUAAAUCAAUAAAUAAUUUUCAGUACUGGUGCCAAUUUGAUAGGGAUUUUGAGGACCAAUGCUAAAAUGUUCAACACUUUAAAAAGGUAGCCUUUGAAUGCAUAGUUUGUGGUCAUCACACAAUAUAAAAUAUAAUAUAAAAGUAAUAAAAUUGUUAUUUAAGUCAGCCAGCGUCUAGCUAUCCAGGAACAUGCUUUACUCCCCCGUCGUGUUGUGUUCUUCGUCAUUCGUUCAGUAGAUUUACAUGAAGAGGAAAAAAACACUCUAAGCUUGCUAGCUGAUUUGCUAACUAUCAGCUAGCAAGCUUGUUAGCUCAGUUAUUAAUGGAAAUAUAGUUAACAGAGGCAUUUUUGUAUUGUUAGCUUUAUAGCUGUGACUAAGCCACGUCUUUGUUAUGGAGCAGUUUAUUCUCCAUCAUCAGGAUAAAUAAAACCGUAUCUUAGCCAGUAAGUUACGUUAGCUUCGUCCGUUUUUGACUGUUCAUUCGCAUGUCAGUGUUCCUCAAAGCCGAACAUAACUUAGAAGAACAUUCACAAGGAUUUACUUUGCCCUGCGAUAAAAUCCACUGAUCGUGCUGAAUCCUUCUCCACAACAUUAAAAUUAAAAGCUGGUGAGACCAAGCCUUCAGAAUGUGUUUGAUACAGAGUUAAAUUAUUUGUUUGUGUUUAUACCACAUUUACUUGUCUGUUUUUGUUACAUAAACUAAUAUGAUAUGCAAAUCUGAUAUGCUGAAACUUUAAAUGAUACCCAGGCUUGUACUCAUCCUUUUUUAAGAUCAAAUCAGACACAAAUUUGUUAAUAUGCAAAGAAUGUAUGUUUUUAUUUUUUCAACUGCAGCAGUGUGAAGUGUAAAAAGGUGUAAGGGUCACAGAUAAAAUCCCCGUAUCACUUUUAGAAAGAUUAAACAUAAUACGAUAUCUUCUCUCAAUACACAACAAAAUACAUCUUAGAAGUUAAUAGUUCAGCAGCUAAAAGAGUUUUAUGUACAUCUGCACUCAUUAACUAUUGAUACCUCACAAAAAAGUAUUAAAUAAGAAUUAAUGAUAAAAAUUUAUGACAGAGAUUAUUUCAAAAACACAGAUUGUAAUAAUAUAUUUGAUUAAAAGAAAACUAUACUAAAGAUUAUCACAUUCUGAAAAACUGAUGGUAAACAACAUGAAAUAUAAGUUAAUUUGAUUAACUACUUCAAAACUUCUUGAAAUGCAGUGUUAUUAUACAAACAAAGAUUUUGAAUGAUUAAGUUAUUUAUGAUUUAGGAAAGGGCACUGCAUCCACCAAAAGAUGUUAUACCACUGGAUGUUAAUGUGCUGAAACAGGCUAAAAAUAACCAUUAUUUUCAUCAUAGAUUAAUCUGCAGAAGACAAAAAGAAAGUGAAGAGAUGCAUUUUAAAGAUGAUUUUUAUCUGAGUUAGCGAGGCUGAAGAAAGACUCUUCUGUCAGCCGUGGAGUAAACAGUGCUGACGGUAACGGCUCAGUAUCUCCACAUAUUGAUUUGAACUUUUUCUCUCUGUGACGUUCAUCGUUAGUUCUGUUUCCACCUGUGUAAAUCCGAAUAUGUCAAGAGUGUGCAGAGAAAAUAAGAUGGCAGUAGUGUAAUUUAUAAAUACAUAUAAAUAUAUAUAAAUAAAUACUGAGUGAUUUUGAAAGUGACUAUUCCCCAGUUUGUUUCAAAUCACCGUUGUGUCCGUUGUGUGUCACUGGCCUGUUUUCAGUAGUUUGUAAAAAUGUUAACCAAAAUUAAAACCUGUCCAAUCUCAUAUGUAGUCAAAAGAAGAUCCAAGGGCCAAGAGGGGACCUUGAAGGUCCCCUCCUUUGCUAGUUAACACAGAGCAAACAGUGCAGAUACAUAAUACUGAAGCAGCUACAGUGUAAGCGACAGUCUAAUCUAUUUAGCAGUGUUAAUUUUGUCAAUGACAAAAAUAUUUGAGGACAAACUUUUUUCCACAAAAGAGCAAGAUUAAAACUAAAUAAAAACUACACUUCAGCAACAACUGUGACCAAGUUUAAACAUUUUUCUGUGAAUAAAACCAAAACAUGAAAGACAAAUGAACUGCAGAAAAAUGUUCAAAUGCAUCACGUCUGUGAAAUCACAUAUUUUACCUCCUGAGCAAAUAAAACUAAUAAUCAUCAAAUGACUAAAACACCUAACAUUUGUGUAAAAAUAUUAAAGCUAAAUGAAAAUCAAAGUGCCAAAGUUAACAUUGCUAAUUAGUUUCUAAUGUAAGCUUGGUCUGUUUUAAUCUAGUUUAAUCUAAUCUAAUCUUGAUGUAUGUUCUUUAGCAGAGAAAGGUAUGGAAACACACAAACGCUCUUAGUGGAAAACAUGAAGAACUUGAGUGUGUGUGUGUUACAAACUCAGUUGUGUGAGCCUGCAUCAGUCUGAGCAUCUUACACACUUAACCAGUAGCUGUUUUUUUUUUUUUAAUUCCACACUUGUUAGUCGCACUAUGCUGUGUAUGUUGUCUGUGUUUGCUGCCUUUUUGUAUGUGAAUCACCAAUAACGUCAGGCUGUCUUAUUUGUAUUACGGUGCUAUCUAUUGAUGAUAUAUACACAUUUGAUAAUUUUUCUAUGGGAUGAUUUUGACAAACCGUCUUGUGACCCUGGUGAAGAAGUUGUUCUUGUAUUUUGGACGCAGCUGUUUGCAGUAGAUUUUGUAUCAGGAGAAAAUGACUGAUGUGUUUUAAAGGGGAAAAGUGCUCCGUUUAAAGGAUUGUGUGCUGUGACCCGAGUUGAUGAUCUGAAUCCUUGAAUUUAGUGGUCUCUGUCAGUUUGGGAUGUUUUUGUGUAUAUCAGCAGUGGGAGGGAGGGGGUUUCAUAAGAUUUUUGAGGGUUUCAAAGUGACUUACUAAAUGACAGUGUUUUCUUAGACUGUGGUUUGACAAAGACAAAAAUAACAAUACAAAUAAAUAUGAAAUAAAAUAUAAAAUAUUGUUUUAAAGAGUCUGGAAGCUGAGACUAUCAGUGGUUGCAUUUUAGUUUUUCAUGCUUGUAAAUCUUGUGACAGUUUCUUUGUGACUACAGCUGAAAACAUCUGUUCCCAGGUGUUGAUUCAAUGAGAAGGUUAUGUAUAUUUAUCGUUAUAUAGUUUAAUGGUGAUCAGGAUUGGUCUUCAGGUUCAGAACUGUAUUUUCAGAUAAAAAGACCUGAUACGAUAGAGACCUGAGGCCUUUCAGAUAAUGUAAACACACAUUGGUAACACAUUGAUAAUCUGUAGUUUUCCAGAAUCAUCCAUGUCAGCAUUUCUUGUCUUGGACUACGGUUGUAUCACACUGACCAGAGACCUCCAGCAGUAGAUUAGGACUGUACCAGACCUGAUUAGACUAAAUAUAAUUAGAAUCCGGCUUAAAUCAGGUCCUGAGUAGUUCAGUUAUUAAGAAACAUGAUUUGCCAUCUCAGGAAAACGAAAUAUUUAAAUCACGAUUACAGAAAACUUUUAUGUUGAGAUUACGGGGUAUCUAACGAACCUCGCUAAACUAUUAGCAACCACAGCCACUCCCAGCUUCUGAUGACAACUUGGGCUGUUUUACAAACACUUUUUCCCUGUGGUACAGGACUAUUUUCCAGAUAAGCAAAUAAGCUUUUGUCUCAUGUUCUCUUGCCGUCUGUAAAUGUCAACUUCAUUUAUCCUGCAAAACCUGCAAGGCAGAGCCAACAGAGCUGACAAAACAUAUACCUGAGCUCUGCAGAGCCAAACCAAGACUGAUGUGUUUCACAAUGUGCCAGUGGAUGAAAAUGUGAGGUUUGAAAAAUCUGUUUGUGUCCCACACUGAUGAGGUUAAUGAAAACCUGUCCAUACUGUUCAUGUUAUAUUGUCCACAUGUUCCUGCUGUGGACAUGAUGUUUACUCUCUUAUCAAGACAUACUAAUGUUUUAAAAAAUAUAUAGAUAUAGAUCUAAAUACUGUAAAUGUAUGACAAAAACAUGUAGUUAUGUCCUGAUGUUAACUCUCAUGAAGCUUUUUUAAAAAAAAAUACAUUGUACAAUUUUUUGGCAGCAUGAUUGUGAAGAAAUUACAUUUAGGUGUAAAAUAAAU